AUGCCUGCUAUCUCUUUGGAAAAAGUUAAAUUGUUUGUCGAUGUCGACUCUAAUCCUCCUUAUCCUCCUUCCAACACUUCUGUCAAGACCAUUUUGACUAAAGAAGCUUUGGAAUUUAUUGUUUUGUUACAUAGAACUUUCAAUGCUAGAAGAAAACAAUUGUUACAAAAUAGAAAGGAUUUCCAAGCUAAAUUGGAUAGAGGCGAUACCUCUUUGGAUUUCUUACCAGAAACUGCUAACAUUAGAAACGAUCCAUCAUGGUUGGGCCCCAUCUUGGCUCCCGGACUAAUCAACAGAUCCACUGAAAUUACUGGUCCACCAACAAGAAACAUGUUGAUCAAUGCAUUGAACGCUCCCUUGGUAAACACUUAUAUGACCGAUUUCGAAGAUUCCAAUGCUCCUACUUGGGAAAAUUUGAUUUAUGGUCAAAUCAAUCUAUAUGACGCUAUUAGAAAUCAAAUCAAUUUCACAAAUCAAAAGACAAAUAAAGAUUAUAAAUUAAAAGACGAUAUUGCUAAUUUACCUACAUUAAUUGUAAGACCUCGUGGUUGGCAUAUGAUUGAAAAACAUUUAACUGUUGAUUAUGAACCAAUCAGUGCAUCUAUUUUCGAUUUUGGUUUAUAUUUCUUCCAUAACGCCAAGAAAUUGAUCGAGAUUGGUAAGGGUCCAUACUUCUAUUUACCUAAAAUGGAACACCACUUAGAGGCUAAAUUAUGGAAUGAUAUCUUUAACGUGGCUCAAGAUUAUUUAGAAAUCCCAAGAGGCACCAUUAGAGCCACUGUAUUAAUUGAAACUUUACCAGCUGCAUUCCAAAUGGAGGAAAUUAUCUUCCAAUUAAGACAACAUUCUUCAGGUUUGAAUUGUGGUCGUUGGGAUUACAUCUUUUCCACCAUUAAAAAAUUCAUGAAUGAUCCAACCCAUAUUUUACCAGAAAGAGAUCAAGUAACAAUGACUUCACCUUUUAUGGAUGCAUAUGUUAAACGUUUAAUCAAUACUUGUCACAGAAGAAACGUUCAUGCCAUGGGUGGUAUGGCUGCUCAAAUUCCUAUCAAGACAGAUUUGAACUUGAACAAGAUUGCUAUGGAAAAAGUUAGAGCUGACAAGAUUAGAGAACUAAAAAAUGGUCAUGAUGGGUCAUGGAUUGCUCAUCCUCAAUUAGCUACUAUUUGUAAUUUGGUCUUUAAAGAAAUGGGUACACCAAACCAAAUCUUUAAUAUUCCAGAUAUCAACUUGAACGAUUACUCGUUGACUGAUACUAAUAUCCCUGACCAUCAAGUUACUAUCCGUAGUUUGAAUCAAAAUUUGGAAAUUGGGUUGAAAUAUAUGGAAUCUUGGUUAAGAGGUUCAGGUUGUGUCCCCAUCAAUAAUUUGAUGGAAGACGCAGCUACUGCUGAAGUGUCAAGGGCCCAAUUGUGUCAAUGGUGUAAACAUGGUGUUGUGUUGAAAGAUACUAAUGAAAAAGUGACUCCUCAAUUAUUGAAAUCGUUGCUAGAUAAACAAGUUCAAGAUUUAGUGGCAGAAGUUAAUAACCCAAAUAAUAAAUAUGAAUUGGCUGCCAGGUAUUUAUUACCAGAAAUUGACGGUCAACAUUUCAGUGAAUUCUUGACUAAUCUAUUGUACGAUGAAAUUAUCACUUUAAAACAACCAAUUGAUGUAAGUAAGUUGUAA